CGUUCUGGACUUUAAUGUAUGGCAGUGGGUUCUGAUGUAACGGUGAUGAGAUGAUCCUCACAGAGAAUCACAGAAAUAAAACGAUCUCACUCAGACGUCUUUCUGAGGGAGUCGAGUGGAAAAGGAAGCGACUCUGAGCUGAAAGGGGAGGAGCGACGACAGACCACACAGUGCAGAUCACGUCUUCAGUGUCUCUGCUGACUUUCUCUCUGCUGAGAUCAGAGCAGUUCAUAAGUGUAGGAGAGUCAGAGUGAGGAGCUUCUGGACCUUCUGGACCUUCAGGUAUCUGGGUCUGAAGAGCGAUGCUGCCAUGUUUUCCCAGAGCUCAGUAAAUAUUCCAGCAGUGCUGAUCCUCAUUUUACUGGCAGGCUCGUUGGCUCAGCGGGUGAAGGUUCAGCCAGAGGUGGUUUCAUAUCUGGGUCAACUCGUAACCCUGCCGUGCCAAUUUCCUGAUCCAGGCCAAACUUGCCUCAUACAGAUGUCCUGGAAUUUCGAAACAGCUGCUGGUGUCCAAAACCUCAUUGUAGUGUUUCAUCCAGUUCAUGGAGUCAGUUACCCCGAGUCCCCGCUGAAAGGCCGCGUGAAUUUCACAACUUACCCACCUCGACUGGACAGUCCAACCAUUCAGAUCUCAGACAUUAAGAUGACCGAUGAGGGAAGGUACAUCUGUGAAUUCGCCACUUACCCCAGCGGAAACAAGCAGGGUGUCACCAACCUCAUCAUUCUAGCCAAGCCCUCAAACACCGCCUCCACGGUCACCGUACAGGCUGGCACAGCCCCGGUCAUCGUGGCCCACUGCCAGUCGGCCAACGGGCAUCCGCCGGCGAACAUAUCCUGGGGGGCUUCAGUGGGGGGCAACGGAACGACCCGGACAGAGAACCAGGACCGCACGGUGACAGUGAAGAGCGAGUACUGGUUGGUGCCGACUCCGGCCGACAACAGCAGAGACGUCAGCUGCGAGGUGUCGCACCGGACGCUGUCCAGCCCAGAGACUUUCCCCAUGAAGCUGAGGAUUGAAUAUCCUCCUCAGGUUCAGAUUGUGGGGUAUGACAGUAACUGGUAUUUAGGACGCACAAACGCUGUGCUGACCUGCCAGGCUCAGGGGAACCCUCCUCCCACCACCUUCACCUGGAGAACGACGUCGGGUCAGAUGCCGGAGACGGUGCAGGUGAAGCAGAACACUCUGACCGUGCUGAAAGUGGACGAGACGGUGAACACCACUUUCAUCUGUGAGGUCAGGAACCGCGUCGGCACAGGAACGGACCAGGUUAGCGUGAUGGUCAGGGCCACAUUUUUCCACACUGAUGCAGAUAACAGGACUUCAGUAUAUGCAGCUUCUGGAGUCGCCGUGGUUUUGCUUCUGAUAUUCACUGCAGUCUUUUUGUGGAUGAGGAGACGAGCAGCAGUGACCAGCAGAGAGACAGAGAAGAGCAGAGAGGCUCCGAAGUGUGGAGACGACACGUACUCGGCUCUGAACCCCAACACCAGGUCCUCCGACUACGACACUCUGACUCAGGUUAGAGACUCUGCCAGCGACACGUACUCAGCUCUGAACUCCACCACCAGGUCCUCCGACUACGACACUCUCACAAUCUCCUGUUUUCCAGGUUGUCCGUCCUCACCCAGCGAUGAGAAGAGCUCCAGAGAACGAGAACUAACAGCUGUUCAUUUACUCUUCAUUCACCACUGCAGCUUCAGCUCUAUGGACAGAACAUUAAAGAGGCGUACGGAGGAUUUCUGAGGAUUAAAGAGCUUCUAGAGCUCAAAACACAUCAGAUGAUCUCCUAAAGUCAGAGAGAUUCUCUCAGAUCAGUCAGAGGAGCUUCUGUUUAUGAAGGGUCUUUGUUCACUGUAGUGCUGUUAUACACCAUGAUGAUCCAAACACGGACCAGAACCAGGCGGUUCUGAUCGCUCAGUGUGAACAGAGUUGAGAUGAUUUGGAUCCAGUUUGAGUAAAAAUGUCACUGUGUAAAUCAGAUUUAUUAAUGUAGAGUUUGUAUAUUUUCAGUUGCUUCUCUGUAGUUUUCCUCUUGUUCUCAUUGUUUAGGUUAGUAGAUCCUCUUAAACUCUUUUCUAGCUGUGCUGUCGUUGUUCUGAAUGUGCUGCUAAAACACCGAUAAUAAAGUUUUGAAGCAGC